UGAAGGGCACUAGCGCCCCCAGCUUCCCCGUACACCAUACCAGGACGUACCUGAUGGUGCCUUUGUUGUUCCCCAGUUUUCUUUUUCUUUUCCGGUGUCCAAAAGACAACAAACCAAGGCGCGCCAGGGUUGCUGUUGCGGGGCAAAUACCUUUCCAACCGACUCACUGGGCCACCUGAUGGGCUUUCUCAGGCCAUGGCUCAGAAUGCCGAGAAACAAUGUGCACUGACUGACAACACACUACUACUCUAAGAAACAGAAGUCUACAGGAUCCAUUAUAGCUCCGCCCACAUCAUCGCAUCUAUUGAUGGAAUUUGUUCCACUCGCGUCGCUGAAUCUGGAACACCCACGCCGAUCACAGAGCAAACAGCGGGUCUCCCUUUCCCCCCUCUGCAUGCGUGACAGCUUGCGCCGGGACGGCCAGUGGGUAGCUGUGCCGAGACCGCAAAGCAAGGACUACAUCAUUUGUUGUACUUAACCACUUUUUCCAUUGUUGGUGGCGUCGGGUGGUCCCUCGUUGCCAUGCCGGUAGUUAUUUAUAUCAUUCUUUCUCCCCUCCACUCUUGGUGAUUUUCCCUCACUCAGCAAUCCCUCUUGGUGAACAUCCUGUGGUGACCUGGUAUCCAUUUUCUGUUCUGCUGGUUACCUUGCACGUUAUCAUGAAGUUUGGUUGGUUCGAGGUGGCCGCAUUGACGGCUGCCUCAGUAGUCAAUGCCAAGGAUGAUCUCGCGUACUCCCCUCCUUUCUACCCUUCCCCGUGGGCAGAUGGUCAGGGUGAAUGGGCGGAAGUGUACAAGCGCGCUGUGGACAUAGUGUCCCAGAUGACGCUGACCGAGAAAGUCAACUUUUUAGAUGGCAGCUAGAGAGAUGUGUUGGACAGACUGGCAGUGUUCCCAGGUAAGUAACUUUCCAACGUGACAUUACACCCGUACAGAAGGCUAAUGGUUGUGAAUAUAGACUUAACAUUCCCAGCCUGUGCUUGCAGGAUAGCCCUCUCGGUAUCCGUUU